UACAUUCUCUAAUCGAUUCAGUUACGCCAUAUACAGUCAACGUUUUAGUUAGUAGUUUUUUUUUUCAAAUGGCUCCAGUUAUUUCAAGAGUAACCACCGUAACAUCUGAAUUGGGCGAGGCACCGCACUGGGAUGAGGAACACAACUGCCUGUAUUUUGUAGAUAUCCUAGGGAAAUAUCUCCAAAAGUAUAAUCACGACACCAAUAAAGUAACCAGAGUCCUUAUUGAUGGAGCUCCUAGCAUAAUCGUCCCAGUUAAAAACCACAAAGAUCACUUUGUGAUCUCGAAAGACAAAGAACUGCUCGUAGUGAAGUGGGACGACCAUCACAGCGAUCACGUUCAUAUUGUGGAAAGGCUGGCGGAAUUGGACGAAGAUAAAAACCUGCGUUUCAAUGACGGCAAAUGUGACACGAACGGAAGAUUGUGGAUUGGUAGCAUGGAUUUAACCAGAAAACCUGGAGUGAGCGUGCCGAAGGAACAAAGACAAGGUAGCCUUAUGUCGUUCAAAAAGAAGAUGUACACCCAUCUCAAUAACAUCGGGAUAUCUAACGGAAUUGCAAUUGAUCCUCAACGGGAAAAAUUGUAUUAUAUCGACUCGGACGAUACGGACGUCCUCGAGUUCGAUAUUGAUAUUCAACAUGGUGUCUUAAGUAAUCAAAAAGUCAUUUUUUCGUUUUCGAAUCACAGUGAUUUGGUCGGCAAACCUGACGGCAUGACCAUCGACUCAGAUGGAAACUUGUGGAUAGCGAACUUUCUAGGUGGAAGAGUUAUUAAAAUUGAUCCCAGAUAUACGGAUAAAUUGCUGCAGAUAAUCGAUCUUCCUGCCCAAGUACCGACGUCCGUUGCUUUUGGUGGCAAGCACUUAAACGAAUUAUACGUGACGACCGCUAGCUACAAUCCGGUAAUUCAAGAAAAUCUCCCGACACCCGCAAACGGCUCCCUUUACAGGAUCACAGGUUUGGGAGUGAAGGGAUUACCGGCACCGAAAGUCCCCAUAUCGCAUUUUGUCGCUUUCAAUCCGUUGACUGGAUAUUACUAUUACGAAUAAACAUUCUAUUUAGCAAUAGCAUUUAUAUUGUUUUUAUUAUAUUUUUAUUAUAAUAAUAUAUAUUUUUAUAAUUUUAUAAUAUUUAUAAUAUUAUAAUUUAUAAUAUAUAUUUAAUAAUAUU